GUGUUCUCUGAAUUAAAGCCAUUGGUCAAUCAGUCUCUAUUAGCACCAAAUAUAUUCCCAGAAAGUUGUUUUCUUUUAUAUUAGUAAAUAGUGAGCCCUUUAAAAUUUAAAGCACCGUAGUCAGAACAUAAUAUGAAAAUAUUAAAUCAUAUAUAACUUCCUGUGAUGCAAAUGUGGGGCUAGAUAAAGCCUUUAUGUAAAAUCCUGGACCAGUGGUAGCACACAAUAACUUUAUCCCAGGAAGAAGUCCAGAAAGAAUCCAUGGUUCAGAUUCAUGAUUCCCGUUUCUGAGGGGAAGUUACUAUACACAGCAUUUAAAAGGAAUCUAAUGGCUUCCCCUUUUACAUCCAGUGAACAAUUCAGGUUAGAAAAAAAGGGGGCAGAACCAGUGCUCCACCAAUUUUCUACCUCUGCUUGCCCACUUGCUCAUAAUGAAUUUUACCCAGACACACAGUCUCCAGUGUGGCUCCCAGGUCCACUGAGCAAGGCUGUUAAUUAUGUCUAAACCCUUUACUCCUACAGUUUGAUACUAAGGUUGGGAACAGAGGAACAUCAGUAGAUAACACAAACUAAAUCUAUGUAAUGUCACCUAAUAUAACACAGGAUUAUUGCUGGCAGAGUCAAGGGUAUAACUCUACUGGUGAAGAUUACAACAGUUUAUGUUUUGUGUGUUCUCUUCCCCCUUAGGCCAAGGUUAUGCUAAGUGCAAACAAGCUGUUACUUGCUUCUCUGCCACCCAGUGUUGAGGUGCAGUAAUAGAACCAACUGCUGGCUAAAUACAGACAGUCAAAAAGCCCAAGGUUGAAUUGAUUCAAUCUUCACAUGUUAGUCUGAACAGAUAAGCAAGUGAACAGACAUUCACUUUUGAUUCUAGAAAUGCAACCACAUGCCUGCAGUGGCCCAGGCCGGAAGCUGGGGCAUGCUAGAGCACGCCUCCCUGCUUGGCUUGUGCGGACAGUUUGGGCCAUGGGUAGCCCAUCCACCCUGUGAGGGGGGUUUUUGGGGGAGCUGCAAAGCAUCCUAUGAUGCUGGGAGGCUGUGAGUUAACUUUGUGAGGCUGUGAGGGGAUUUGGGACUUCAUUAAACUGAUUUAACCUAAAUCAGUUAAGUCUGAUACUACAUCCAUCCAGGUUUGUCUUAAACCGGUUUUGGCCAUUUUGAAAGCAGUUUAUGUGCACUGAGCUUCUGUUCUAUUACGUAUUUGAACUGGUUUCUGAUAACUUAUACCAGUUUGUAUGUGAUUUCUGUCCCUAGCCUUAAGGACAGCUAUCUUAUAAAGGCAUACAGUUGUUAAAAACUGAGGAGGGAAAAGAAUUACAAAGUUGGCACAGGAACAAAUGAGUAUAAACUGGGCAUGACUAAAUUUGUGUUGCAGCUUGAAAGAAGGUUCCUCAUCAUUAAAGCAACUGUUUCUGGAAUAGCUUACAAUUGUAAUAAUGACUGCAAAAAAUGGUAACUAGUUUUAAGAUUGGCUUCAGUAAAUUUAUGAAAGGAAUGGUAUAACGUGCGCCUACAAUUGGAGGGGAUUGAGCUUCAUGACACAGAAGGUCCUUUCUAGUCUUCUAUUCUUGUUUGCACAUAACUAGGUAUGUUAUAUGUAGUAUAUUGCGUAUCUAAAAUCUGUUGUAAGUAGAACUCUCAAAACAUUCUGGAAAAAUUAUUAUUUUAAAUCAGGCACUAGUAGCUACAUAUAUGAGCUCUUAAAAAGCUGUACAGACAUAGAUUUUGAAAUUCUAUUUACAUCUAUUCAUCAGAGCAAACAGUCUGUAGAAGAUUUAGGAUUUCCUAAGAAUAGUAUAUAAGCUAAAUAUAAGUCAGGUUCUUUAGUGCCUCAAGUAGUCUACUCCCUUCUCUUGUACAUUUGAUAUCCAUUUUUAAUAUUAUGGAAAAAAAUAACUUGAACUGUCAGUAAUUCUACUUAUUUUUGUUUUAAGAAAUUCAAAGUAGAACAUGCUAAAAAGGAGUACCAGGAUGGUAUCAGCUGUUUUUUUUCACUUUCAUAUAUGUAACGUGUAAAUAAAAUCAAAUCCAUUCAUUAAGAAACUAAUUAAAUAUUUGCAUGACUUAAAUGUGUAGCAUUUGUAAUCUCUAGCAAUCCCUGAAACUUCAAGAAGUUGUACUGUAGCUUUGAAAAAGUAUGGGUGGCUGUAGAUGAUAACUAUAUCUGAAGCCAGAGUAUUGCCUUAUAAUAUUUAUCUGUACAGGAAAGACUAUUUGCCACUGAACUUGGAUAUACCUUCUGCUGACCUCAUGAAAGAAGGUAUAAAAUUCUCUUGCUAAAUGGAUCACCCUUCCUCUGGAUGUCCCAAUCAACAAUAUUAUGGCAGUACAGUUUUAGGGAGCCAAUUCUGUGCUGCCUACUGAUAUCAGGAAAGGCUGAGAAGCAAUUAACUCUCACAGGAAUGGACCUAAAUUCCAGACAAAAUAUUCCCUUACUGGCAGAAAACCACCUCCUUUAUAGUACCUGACUACAUAAAGAAAGUGCCUCUUGCACAGUGUAAAGUGGUACAAGAGACAUGAGCCAAUUAGGGAAAGCAAAACAUUUUCACUUGAUAAGUUGAUCUGGACUUUUUUCUGCCAAAUCAGCAGUGUCUGAAAACAAAGGAGACAUACCAACCCUAGGAGACAGCCUGUCUGCCCAGGCACUCUUCUAGGAUCUCUCUUAAUUUAAUUUGGCAUGCACAUAGCAAAACCACCAUGUGUCAGAGUUUGGUAUGCCACAUAGCACACUACUACCACUGACAUUUUCAGACUCAUGAAAUCCCCAUAUGUAAAUUUUUGCCUUUAAGGAAGGUCGGCUGUACAUUAUCUCCACCUCCUUCGUUAUCACAACAAUCACUUGAAUGGGCAAUAAGAACAGACCUUGUUUUGAGUAUUUUGAUAAGCUGUUGAUAAGGAAUGGGACCCUGAGUUCUUGGUGUAUAUAAGCCACAAGGGUUUCAGUGUGCCUAUCUACUGAAGGGGAACUUAACAACACUGUUCAGCAGCUCCAGAGACACACAAAGAUGUUUCUACCGGCACAGAUGCUUGCCUUUGCUCUGAGUGGUUUUCUAAGGCUGACAAUUGGGUUUGACAUUGGAUUAUCCACUAAAUGUGUUGCCAUACCUAAGGAGAUGAGCAUGUGUCACAACAUUGGCUAUUCUGAAAUGAGGCUUCCUAACCUGAUGGGACACACAAGCAUGACAGAAGUGAUUUCAAAAUCCACUGACUGGCAGCAUUUGGCGCAAACUGGUUGCCACCCUUAUGCGAGGACAUUCCUGUGCUCUCUAUUUGCACCUGUCUGUUUAGAUACCUUCAUCCAUCCUUGUAGGAGCAUGUGUGCUGCUGUUCGUGACAGCUGUGCUCCUGUGCUGGUUUGCCAUGGACAUGCUUGGCCUGACAGUUUGGACUGUGAUCGAUUUUCAGCUGAUGAGGACAUGUGUCUAGCAUCCCUUACCAAUGAAUAUAAAUAUAUUCACAAAGUAUUGCCCAAGCCUGCCUGCCAGACCUGCCCAGCAGUGGAGGAGUUUUUUACACAUAAAAGAAUCCUAGAAGUAUUCUGUGUCAAUAACUUUGCAGUGAGGGUGAAACUCUCCAAAAAGAGAACAAUUUCUGGUGACCAGGAAUAUAAUAUUGAAUGCCAGGUGGAAUUCAUUAACCAGGGUUUGCUUCUCCCCUAUGACACUCAGAACAUGAUACAGCAGUGGCUACUCAUCAAUGAAAAUUGUACUCAGUGGAUGACUCGGAGUCAUCGUCCUAUGGUGUAUCUCAUCGUGGGAAAUAUUGAAGAGAGCACUGUUUUAGUAAACCAAGUUUACCGCUGGCAGAGGAGGGACUCUCAGUUGAUUCUGGCCACACAGAAAUGGAAACACCAUAAAUGUUUAUAAAUGUUCACCCUAUAGUCUCCAGGUAUGCAAUUAUAUGCCUUAUGCAAAAGAUAUCUUGUAAAUAGCAAUGUGUUAUAAAAUGAAAUGUGAAGUCUUUAUUGUAUUUUAUUUUUUUUAAAUGUGUUAUAUAGCAAGUUGAAUUCAUCCUGGGUGUAAAUGAGCAUAGUCUCUGAAGUCAAUGAUGUCCUAGCCACUUACCCCAAGUCUGAAUUUGGUCUAUCAUGUACAAAUGUGUUUCCUCAGAUUAUUAUUAUAAAUGUUAUGUAAUAUGUUUAAAUCUUCCAUAAAAAUGUGUCGAGAAAUCAUAAAGCUGAGUGUUUUUAUCUGUCUGCAGUUUGUUAGGUUUUAACAAUAAACACAAGUGACAUGUCUGAAGUAUAGACAUUUAGGUACUUAAAUAUAGAUUUAGGUAUCUAAUGCUUUGAAAAAAAUGGUGUAGGUGUCCACGUAGGUAAUCUACUUCAACUUCUUGCAAUGAUAGUGGUUUUUUUUUUUAAAUGGUGUGCCAGAUAUUUCUGAGUAAAAUGGUUUCUUCUGUGCAGACAGACAUCAGUUUGGAAAGAUAUUCCUUCCAUACAUAGGUCCUUAGCCUUGGCAAUGACAUGGUUGCAGUAGUUAGUUUUAUUUCAUAAUGACUAUAGGAAUAAUAUUUUAAAGUCUGAAAUAAGUUCAAUUUUUUAAACUCUUCUUUUUGAACUUUGUAUACACUG